CGGAAGUGGCCCACAGGAAACGGAAGUCCCUCCUCUAGCUCUCGUUUCAGAGGCAGAAGCAACGCGGGGGAGAAGGCGCUGAAUUGCGAACGUAGCCACCACAACCAUGAGCCUCCUCAACAAGCCCAAGAGUGAGAUGACCCCGGAGGAGCUGCAGAAGCGGGAGGAGGAGGAGUUUAACACGGGUCCGCUCUCCGUGCUCACGCAGUCAGUCAAGAACAACACCCAAGUGCUCAUCAACUGCCGCAAUAACAAGAAGCUCCUGGGCCGCGUGAAGGCCUUUGACAGGCACUGCAACAUGGUGCUGGAGAACGUGAAGGAGAUGUGGACCGAGGUCCCCAAGAGCGGCAAGGGCAAGAAGAAGUCCAAGCCAGUCAACAAGGACCGCUACAUCUCCAAGAUGUUCCUGCGCGGCGACUCGGUCAUCGUGGUCCUGCGGAACCCGCUCAUCGCCGGCAAGUAGGGGCCUCCCCCCUGCCGCCGCCGGAGCUCCCUCCCUCACCCUGCGAAGACACGCCCCCCUAACCAGAGUAAUAAAGCCCUGCUUUUUCUUAGUGGCA